AGCUUAAACUAUGAAAGCACCCUCUAGUCUAUAAGAAAGCUGUGUCCUGUGCCUUGUGCUUUGCCCCGGACCAAAGCAUUAGCACGCUCCUCCACAGCCCACUGCUCUGCCUGUUUGUGGCUUUGCCGUUUCCCGUUCCCCACUCAUCGUCGGCGAUACAAUCUUCUCGUGGAUUGUCUCGUGGAGGCGGGAGCGAUGGGGCGUCCGUGCGUCGGCGCUCUCCUGGCGUGCGCCGCCGUUGCAGCUUCUUGCUGCGGCUGCUUCCAGUUCCAGGGUGCUGCUGCGGCGGCGACCCCGUCGUUCGGGGACAACUUCGACAUCACCGGCGCCGAGGACCACGUCAAGACCUCCCCCGACGGCCAGACCUGGUACCUCUCCCUCGACAACAAGACGGGCGUUGGGUUCCAGACGAAGCAGAAGUACCUGUUCGGGUGGUUCAGCAUGAAGCUCAAGCUCGUCGGGAACGACUCCGCCGGCGUCGUCACCGCCUACUACAUGUGCUCGGACCUGGACGCGGCGCCGGAGCGCGACGAGCUGGACUUCGAGUUCCUGGGCAACCGCACCGGCGAGCCGUACAUCAUCCAGACGAACGUGUACCGCAGCGGCGUAGGCGGGCGGGAGAUGCGGCACUCGCUGUGGUUCGACCCCACCGCCGAGUUCCACAGCUACUCCAUCCUCUGGAACCCCAAGCAGAUCGUGUUUUUCGUGGACAAGGUGCCGAUCAGGGAGUACCGCAACUCGGACAAGCCCAACAGGUUCUUCCCGAUCAUGAAGCCCAUGUACGUCUUCUCCAGCAUCUGGAACGCCGACGACUGGGCCACGCGCGGGGGGCUGGAGAAGACGGACUGGACCAAGGGGCCCUUCGUCUCCUCCUACAGCGACUUCACCGCCGACGCCUGCGCCUGGGCCACCGGCCCGGCCCCGCCGGCGUGCGCGGCCGCCACGGGGAACAGCUGGUGGGACCAGCCGCCGGCGUGGGCGCUCGACGACGGCCAGCGCCGGGACUCGGGCUGGGUGGCCAGGAACCUCGUGAUAUACGACUACUGCGACGACCGCAAGAGGUUCCCGGCCGUGCCGGAGGAGUGCGCGCUCAGGACCAAGACUAGCUAGUAGCUCCUCAUGGAUGGGCCGCCCUAGGUCUCGCUUCACAUGCAUCGUUCUUUUUUGGGGGUUCGAUCGAGUACGUGGUGUGGUGUAGCUAUCAAUUGGUGGAUGGAUUUUUUUUUCUUUUCUCUUCUCUUGUUUUGUGAUGAUGAGAUGCACAUGCGGACGUGCAUGUGCACGGUGAUGCGGCAUUGAUUGCCCGGGGUGGCUGUGCUCUCAUGUGAGUGAUAGCCCUUUCGGAGGAAAAUGAUGACAUUUUUGUUCCGAUGCCUUCCAUGCUGCACGACACGAGCAUGGAUGGGCCAAAACUUCAUAGAAAUGGUCCCACGUAUACGCAUGAUAA